AUGGACAACCCGACCCCCGUCGGUACAGGUCGUCUACCAGCAACUCAAGUCCACCAUUGCAAUAUCCAUGACGACCUCAUCAGACUAUCCAUCUUCUUUGAUGACAAUGGCCAGGACGACAUACAAGACCAAUUCCGCCAAAGCCGAGGUUUUCAAGCAAUCAUCCAUGCUCUGGAAGCAACAAUUCGAUUUGCGGAAGCACAAGGAGAACUGACGGAUAGCUAUUUCGAAGAAAACUUCAUUCAGAUCGCAAUCGAUGUGCUAAACAUUUUGACCAAAGCAUUGCGUCGGCACCAUGGAAACUCGCGUUACUUUACCAAGCGAAUCUCUGGCGGAGGAUGGCAAGCUCUCCGUCACCUCAUCCAACACGCUUCUUGCAUCAUUGCGAGCUCACCCUCUAGUGGGGCUCGGUUCAACAAUCUAUUGAGACUUUUCUGCGCCACUUUAGCAUUGUCACUUGGGGACAACUCGUUCAGCAACGCUCUCAAGCCUCUCUGGUUCGAAGGUCCAGACAGUUCGCAGAGCGCAGUCAACGGAGAUGCUUCUUCAGAGGCAAAUUCUGAUCAUAAAACUGCGACAGAGACAUCAACUGCUGAAAAGAUGCAGAUGUUGGUUCGUGAGUGUUUCGGCCGAGAUGAGAGGAUCCUCAACUCGGAGGCUGUGACUAUCAUGUCAGAUUUCUACACGUCGUUCGGGUACGCCAGAGAGACCGCUGGUGAUCAUAUGGCUGUUCUGCCAACCGCAAUCUUGACCGUACUUGAUUGCCUUGUUGAUACAUCAGCAAGCAACAGAAUUGCAGUUCAUGACGCUGGCACACUGUCAAUUUUGUUGCCUCGCUUGGCCGACAAGCUCAUGGACGAAUGUGAGGCCACGCUAUUACAAAAGCUCUGCAAAUCGUUGCUUCCACUUGGGACACGUCGAUUAGAAGAGACAGCUCAAAUAUUCAAACUGGCCUGCGAAGACGAUUCCGCCAAAGAAAUAUUGUUGGAGGCUUUGCAGAAGUCCAAACAGCCUCCUGCUAUUCAGUUCGACUUGUCACACUCCGGGCAUUGCUCUAUUGAGCUUGCGUCCUUGCCACGGCCCUUUCCGCCACCUACUGGCUACACUUUCUCGUCUUGGAUCAAGAUCGAUCAGUUUGAUUCAGACUGCCAUACCACGAUAUUCGGAGCAUUUGACGCCAGCCAAACAUGUUUUGUUCUUGUGUACAUCGAAAAGGACACUCAUCAACUCAUUCUGCAGACGUCAGUCACCGCGAAGAGACCCAGUGUACGAUUCAAGAAGUUCAGAUGUGGAGCUGGAGAGUGGUAUCAUAUUGCUUUAGUGCAUCGCCCUUCUAGAACAAGCGGUUCGAGUCCAGCCAUACUCUAUGUCAACGGACGCUGCAUCGAAGAGCAGCACUGCCCGUAUCCAGAGACGCCGCCACUUAUCCCAGAACUCCGUGCUCCCGUUCCUUCUCAAGUUGUUAACACCACUCGACGACCAGUCCAGGCUUUCUUCGGCACCCCUCAGGAUCUUGCUUCCCAAGCAGCCGAUCGUGUCUUGAGGUUGAAGUGGUCUCUUGCAAGCGCCUAUUUGAUUGACGCAUCUCUUUCUCCAGAGUUAGUCGCGGUUCACCAGAAGCUCGGUCCACGUUAUUGUGGCAACUUUCAAGACUGUGUGGGACCUUUUCUGACAUAUCGCGCUUCUGCCGAGCUCAACCGAUACAACGAGAUGCUGCACGCGGACAAAGACGACAAAUCCGAAAUCGUCAAGGCUACACAGUCUCAGGGCAGUGAGCUCCUCCCAGAAGGCAAGCUCUUGAUCAGCAUGUCAGCUUCGACGAUUGUCAACAUGAACGGUGUUCUAGCAAAUGGUGUCAACGUUGCAGGCAUGCUGAAUGAAAAAGCUGCGGCACAUCUUCAAUCUCUCACGCGUAACGGAAAUCCACUGUUAUUGAAUGCGGCUCGACCUUCAAUCAACGAAGCUAUCACGAGAUCCUAUGGAGCAGCUGUGAUCACCGGUGAUCCUGUAUUGACUCUCACUCGUGGAUUGGAUGAUGGUAGUUGGCAGAUUGGAGGCAGCUUACCCAUCAGCAUGAAGAUAAUCCAGAGCGCAUCAACGGCCGAUUCUCUUGUCACUUCAGUCGAGCUUCUUUUCCAAUGCAUACUGGACAAUUGGCGAACCAGCGAAGUCAUGGAGAAGGACAACGGGUUUGGCAUUCUCGCAGUCCUGCUACGAGAAAAACUCGGAAUAUAUACCAGCGGCCCUGGUGGCAAUAGAACUGCCCCAGUAGCAAAGACCAUGCAGCAGAGGGAAGAGCUAGCAUUGAGACUUCUCAAAGUUGUAUUGGCAUUUGUUGGCUACGAUACCAAGAGCCCCGAGAACUCUUUGCUCAUCAAUCCUAUGGCUUACAGAGUUCUACUCGUAGAUUUUGACACUUGGCGUACUAUAAGUACCGAAACUCAGAGACUCUAUUAUCAGCAGAUCGCUGGGUUUGUUUGGAAAAACAACAACCAGACUUUCAACAUGAAACGUUACAACAAGAUGAGGGUUAGCUUUGCAGUCGACCAAUCCGCUCCUGAGAACACCUCGGAACAGAUCCGCAUCAAUCAAGCUGCCAUCUCCUAG